CCCGCCAGGGUGGCCUGCAGUGCUACCGCAAGAACGCCGAGUGGGCCCAGUGCUUGUCCACGUGCAAACCAGGGGAGAUGAACGGCAAGGACACGGACGGCACCUGGAGCUGCGAGGAGAACUCGGCGAACGGACGCCGACCACGGGGGCCUGCGCCACCAAGGGUGGGCAGUGUGCCGACUCGCAGUGCUGCAGCAUGCCAGGCCGCGAAAGAUGAGUUCUGGGCAAGCUGCUUGGACACCUGCACCCCCGCCUUCGUGAACAACGACCCCACGGACGUGAAGAGCUGGACCUGCGAGGACCCCUCGCCGCUCGGCGGGCGGGUUCCGAAGCAGGUGCUCAACGAUGACUUUUGGAAGCCCAAGUCCGACAAGACCUGGCCUCGCGAGUCGAAGAAGCUAGCCAACAUCAAGUGGAUGUUCUCUAGGCCCUCCGGAUCCGCGGCCAAUUGCAGCUGGCCGGCCGACGACUGCACCAAGACGGCGUGCUGCAAGAUGAACGGUUUCGACUGCUACGAGAUCAGCGAAUACUGGGCCAGCUGCAUGACCGAGUGCAACGACACCACGGUCGACAGCGACGGCAAACCAGCGACGUGCAAGCUUCUCGGAGAGUCGAAGUCGAACCAGGACCCGCUCCCCCAGGCGGUGGAUAAGCCCCUGGGCACGUCGAUGUACUGCAUAGUGGUCGCGAAGGAGAGCUCAUACGAGACGAAGCUGACGGCCAUGAUGGAGGAGCAGAGCGUGGGGAUCUUCGGCUGCGAUGCACAUUCCGUGUUCCAUGGCAUGGAGGCUCGCCUGGAGGCCGCGCCGGCGCGGAUGGCCGGGGCGCUGCCCUUCGCGCUCGGCGUGGUGGGAGACCUGGUGCACCAAGCGGGCCUGGCGGCGGCGCGCCUGACCCUGGGCCGGACUGGCGCUUCCAGCCCGAGGCCUCUGCAGCGGGCUGGGGCUGGCCGGCGCUGGCGGCAGCGGCGGGGCUUGGAGGCGUGGCCGGAGCCCUGCUGCGCCGCCGCUCAGCAGCAGCCGCGUGCUCGGCCGAGAGCCCCAAGGGCGAGGAUGGCGGGACUCCCACUGGAGUGGGGGUACGCGUUGUUCAACGACCCCGCGGCGCCUCCGCCCCUGCUCUGGCACCAGCGCCUCUGCCACGGGCUGGUGGCGUCAUUGGGGGCUGAGGAGGUGGUGAUCACGUCGCCCGGCGGAGACACCUACGUGGAGGACUACAGGGCGGCGACUGGCGACGUGAUCGCCUUCCGCAGGGCAGCUGGCCGCUGGCCGCCCCCCGCCGGGCUCCCGCGCGGGCAGUGCUACCGCUUCCGCGCGGAGCCGACGCCGGCGCAGCUGGUGCGGUGGCGGGGCGAGGCGGAGGCUGCUGCGCGGGCCUACCAGGCGGCGCAGGCGGCGGCCCGCGGGCUCGCGGUGCUGGCGCCCGGCGCCCCGGCGCUGCUGCCGAUGCCGCCCGCCGGCGAUGCCGGAGCCGCGGCAGCUGGUGGGGCUGCGGCUGGGGCUCUGGUGGCGGCGGCCCUGCCGCCGGCGGCGGCGGCGCCAGCGGCUGGAGGGGCCGCGGGAGGCGCGGGCGCGCUGGUGGCGGCUGCAGGUGCGGCGGCGGUGACCCACCACUUGGUCAGCGUGGAGACCCACACGCAGUACGUGGACAACUUUGCGGCGUUCUCGCAGGACUUUGCGAAGGCGGAGGCUGCCGCGAUCGCCGUGGACGCGGGCAUGAAGGCGGGGCUGUACGACGAGGCGCUGGUGCUGGACAACUCGGAGUACUUUGACUUGGUGCCGGGGCUGCAGCUGCUGCGCGCAGGUUGCCUCUCGUUCGAGCUGCUGCGCUCGCCCGCUGCUCCCGACGCCGGCUCGCUCAGCGGCUCGGCCUCCCUGGGGCCGUCCUGCGCGGGCCCUCUCGGGAGCCCCGCGCAGGGCCUCGAGGGCGAGGCGCGGCGGCUGCGGCACGCGCCCGAGCCCUCGAGCCCGACGGGCGAGGGCGCCGCACGCCGCGCGGCGCAGCGCCGCCGUGGGAGCGCCAGAGCGAUGAGCGAGGUAGGCGCUUCAAGGCUGGUGCCAGUGGUGCCGGAGCAGUCGUUGCGAACCGACGCGGUGGAGUUCGUGCCCGUCGCAGGCGCCGUCGUCCUCGUGAUGGAGCACGUCGGCGUUCGGUUCACGUGCGGCGCCGUGGCGUUUUCGAGCAUCCCGGAUCCCUUCGGGGUGGUGUGCUGGAAGCUACUUGCCGCAGGCGGCGGCGCUGUUAGGGCCCCUACGGGGGACGACUGUGCUGCCGCUGGCGUCGCAGGCGCCGCCUCCGAAGAGGAAGUGGACGCUGAUGCCAACCCCCAGGCCGACGCAGUGGCCAUGUUCGACUCGUUAUCCGACGACGUGCCCGACACGCCGCCAGACGCCGAGCCCAACACGUUCUUGCAGCUCCCUUUCGCGGUCGCGGCGGCCCAGGCUUUGGCUUCGCGCCAGGUGGCCCUCGUGACAGGGGCUGUCGCGCCGGUGUCGGUGGCGUCUUUCGGCGGGAGCGCAGAGCGCGAGGCGCGGCGGCUGGCACGCCGCUGUCGAGCUGCUGGCUGGCGGCGGGGUGACCGCCUGCUCAGGCCCGAGGCCAGCGCGGCUCGCGAGGAACUCUCAGCCCGCAUAGAGUCGGACGGCAAGGAGGAACUCAGCUCCUACGACAAGUACUCCUGCUGGUGUGAAGACACGCUCGCCCGCAAGGCGAAGGACAUCAGCAGCGCCAAGGAGCAGGUGGACGGCCUCCAGACGCUGGUCCAGAAGCUCCAGGGCGAGAUUGGCACCCACGGCGUGGAGAUCGAGAACCUCAACAAGCUGAUCGCUGAGAACAGGGAGUCCCAGAGCGAGGCCGAGGAGAUGCGGGGUCAGGACAACUCGGAGUACGAG